AUGGUGUACAGAAUGAUUUACAUAUUUAAAGUUGUUUUAAUAUGAGUUCAAACGUUCCUUGGACAAAUCAAUUUGAACCUGUAAGUUUAUCUCAAUCAAGUCUCACAUCAUCACAAAGUACUUGGAGCAGAACUGCUGCUGCAGUUAAUACUCCGCAAACAAAUCCUGCUAAUUGGCCUCAACUUGGUUCAGCAGAACAAGACACCACCUCUGUGAUGUCACAAACACAAUUGCAGUCUGCCCCUUCACAGGAAGAUACUGGGUGGGCAACCACGUCAUCCAAUCCGUCAGCAGCUAAUGACGCAGAUCAGUCAGGUACAAGUGGUUGGGGUCGAAUCCCUGAUAACGGAACAAAACCACCCAACACAAAUGUUUCCACCGGUUGGGGUGUUCCUACUGGCAUUCCUUGGGGUCAACAUUCAUCAAAUAUUGAUGAUGGCACUGCUGUUUGGGGUAAAUCAACAGCAGCUCAACAGCCACAACAAGGUAACUGGGGUAAUCCUGUAAAUAAGAACACCUCAGAACCUAGUGCUCCUGCACCAUCUGGUUGGGGUACCCCAGACCCUUCAUCUAGUGUAACGCAGUCCCAUAUUCAAAAUCAAGACAUCAAUCAGCAAUUACAAAGCAAUAGCCAACCACAGAUGACAAAUGCCAACCAACCUCCAACUACUAGCCAUCCUGUGUCAUGGGCCAAAGCAGCUUCAGCAGGAUUACCAGCUGCAACAAAUGCUUCGGAAACUAAUUCCGCCGAAGAAGCAGAAAACAGUGAAGCCUCUGCCGGUCAAAACACAGCAGUUACUUCGGAACCUGAUCCAGUUCAGCAGCUUGUUAAUUCUCAUGAAGGGUGGGGAACAAAACCUAUUCAGCAAGGCACCAGUUGGAACAUAAGUGAUAGAAAUAUGAAUCCUGUAAAUAACAAUUCAAGAACAUAUCCACCUGUUAAUAAUGGUACAGAAGCAUGGGGAAAGCCAAGUGGUGGACAGAUGCCGCAAAAUUCUGGUUGGGGAGAAGCACCAUCAAACAAAACUUCGUCUUCUGGUUGGGGUGGGAAUUAUGGCAAUCUACCAUCACAGCCAAGUGGUGCUUCUGCCCAAAACUGGGGAGUUCCGUCUCAACCACGACCAGCAUUCAUGCCAAAUCAUCCUAAUGGGAAUUCAGGAUGGGGUGAUCAGCAACGCAGUGGUUCAGGAGUAAAUGCUGGAAGGUGGAAUGACAUGCCGGGACAAACACCCCAGAAUAAUUGGAAUGCUCCACCUGUACCUCAGCAUCCUCAAGGUGGUGGAGCAGGGUGGGGAAAUAUGCAACAGCCUUCUGAUAAUCAAUCCAACCCUGGUUGGGGUUCCAUGCCACCAGGACGACCAUUACAGCCAAACAACAACUGGGGAAAUGGCAGAGUUCAACAAUCCCCUCAUUCGCCAGCAGCUGACCAAUCACAGUGGGGAAGACAAGAUGGUGGGAUAAAUCCAAUGACACGAAGGCUGAGCAAUGUUGAUGAUGGUACAUCGGCGUGGGGUGAUCCAACUACAUAUGGCAAAGUUAAUAUGUGGGAUAAGCAUGGUAAGAUAGGGGGAGCCCAAGAUAGUAAUGGAGGACAAAUGAACAAUCCGAGUGGCGGAAGUGGUGAUGCAAAAGGGUGGGGAAUGCCACCAAAUCAAAAUAUUAAUCAACCCCCCUCCCCUAAAAGUUGGGGUAAUACAUCACCAACAAGGAUGGCUGGUGAUAAUGGAACUCCUGGCUGGGGUUUCAAAGCACCAAGACCUGAUAAGGUUGCAACUGGGUGGGAUAAACCAACUGCUGGAUCGGGAUGGAAUACAGCAAGUAAACCAAGUGGUUGGGGCCAACCUAAUGAACCUCAGUGGGGACAAUCGGAAAACAACAGUGGAUGGGGUCAACCAAUGGGAAAGAUUGACAAUCUAAUGAAGAACAUGGAUUACGGUCCACGAGGUAACUUGCCACCCCAACCAAACAUCAAUCCUCAGUUACGAAGCCCGAUGCCACCAGCAUUACCUCCACAACUUCAGAAUCAGUUCCAACAAAUACGUAAUGCAGUGAUGAAUGGUGUCAUACCACAGCAGUUUCUCAAUCCUCAAGUAAUGACCCCACAACACAUGCACACACUUCUUCAGUUGGUUAACAAAGCAUCUGAAUACCAGAGAUUACAAUUACAGUUAAACAUGAUAACUCAAAAUAAGAAUAUUGCACCCAUUGUAAGGCAACAGCAGAUAGUUGAAUGCACAAAAAUUAUGCGGCAAUAUCAACAACAAAUAGAUGCGCAACGUACCGCAAUAUUUCAAAACAUGUUGCAAAAAACUCAACCCAGCAAAAGCAAUGGACCUCUUGGUGGAAUGGAUUUAAGUGGUCAUAGACCAACUGCCAAUCAGUCCAUGAUAUCUCCAUUGAACAGCAUGACAGCACUUGGACAAGCAUUACCUCCAAAUGUGCCAAUGUCUAACAUACCCUCCCCUUCAGUCAGGGAACAAAAAUCUCGAUUUAUGAAUCACUGGAAGCGCCCGACCAGCCUUGGCAUGGGAGAUUACCAGCAAACAGGAAAUGUCCCGAAUAAUUUGGGUUUCUUUCCUGGUCCCAGUGGUGACUUUAAUGGCAUGAGAUAUGAAUCGCCACAGGAUGAAAUGGCAUCCAUGGAGAAGCAGUAUUACUCCACAGAUGCAGCAAAUAAAGCUGAAGAUUUAGCAACUCCAAACUAUACUGAAGCUCCAUCUGAACCCAACAGUACACUUGCUGACAUUGGUCCACCUGAGUUCACCCCCGGUGUUCCAUGGAAAGGAUUUCGAAGAAUUGACCCCGAGGCCGACCCUGAUAUAACUCCAGGGAGUGUUGCCAUUGCAAAAACUAUGUCCAUUAACACUGUGAGGGAUGCUGAUCAGGUUCUAAAAAGAGAAAGAAGUGCACACUCUGAAUCAUCAACUGGUUUGCAGAAUAAUGAAGAAACAUCACUUGCUAACCAACCUCCAACAACUGCAAACACAGAUGCUAAUGUGUCAUCUAUGUGGUCCACAGGAGCAAACGGAGCUUCUUCCACAACCACUGUGAGUCAAUCAUUAUCCGCUCCACAAGAUCCAUGGAAAGUGAGCAGCAAUCAAUCACUGUCACGACCACCACCACCAGGUAUAGGGGGAUCAGCUUUCCGUCCGACUAAAGAACUUGCGCCAACAUGGGAGAACGUACCUAACAACUCAUGGGAUCAGAAUAUGACACGUACUUCGCAAGGAGGCAACAAUUGGGCUUCUCAGCAGCAACAACAGCAACCCCAACAACCACAACAACAACAACAACAAGAAAGUUUGGGUUCCUGGCUUGUGCUUACCAACUUUAAUCAACAGGUUGAUGUAGCUGGUGUGCGACAGUUAUGCAUGCAGCAUGGCAAUAUGGUUUCAUUCCAAGGACAUUAUCCUAUUGAAGGAAUGGCAUUGGUCCGUUAUGCUUCACCUGAAGAUGCAGCAAAUGCAAAGAAAGCACUCAAUAUGUUUAUGGCAGGUUCAACUAUGCUGGUUGCUACUGUUGCUACUGAUCAUGAGGUUGCAAACUUUGUGAACGCAACAGCUGGUGGUUCAUGGGGAUCAACUGCCGGAACUCCUGGGAGUCGAUUCGUCUCCAACAGUGGAUCAACUGGAGGAUUCAUCUCACAACCUCCGCAGAACCCAUCCCUGGCCAUCUCAUCAGAUGCUGCUUCAGUAUCUUCCCAACAACAACAACAGCAGCAGUUAUGGGGCAACAGCAACCCACAGGGAGGUAACUGGCCAAGCAACAUGCCACCAAGCAUGCCAUGGUCCGGUACAAGCAGUGAGGAUAUGUCACGUAUUAUGAGCCCACUUCACACAUUGCUGCCUGAGAAUCUACUGGGUGGGGAAACCAUGUAGCAAGUAACCACCUGUAUUUUAAUACUUAGUAGACAUGUUUUUUUUGCCAUUGUUGUUUUUACGCACUUGGUGUAGUGUUCCACAAUGCGAUGCUGCGUUUAGUGCUCUCCCCUUUAUUGCCGUGUGUUUAUGGAUCGUAACUUACUUUUUAUCAACUCAUGAUCACCGUAAAUAGUUCGCCCCCCCACAACAUAUGUGGCCACCUGUGUUACCAACACCACUACUUUACGCUGGAUUCAUUUUAACUUUUAUCGCCCCUUAUAUUUUGCCACCUUGCUACACUAGGUUACGGGUCACCGCACAAGCUUCGACUAUGUUACCACAUUAGGGGUUUUCCCCUCUUUCCUUUAAUCAUAAAACAGAUAUUUCUGUGACUCUGCUGGCCAUGCACAACAUCUUAUUGGCCAACAUCUUUUUUUUAGUAUGUUCCUGCUUAACCUACCAUAUUUUAAAGUGUUUAGUUGCAAAGUUAACAUAAUGUUACGUCUAAAACUGAUUUCAAAUAUGCUACACCUUUUAUGCCUAUAUACAAUUAUUUACCUUACACAAUCAACCCUAAGUUAUUCUGUAUUGUUAUUCCUUGUUUUUCACCAAAAUUUCUUUUCCAAUGAUUAUGAAUUUAAAAUGGACUGUGCACACGAGAAUAAGCCUUCGCCGAUUUCUUAUUUACUGCUCUCUUCCGCCAUCGUGUGCACAUUCCACGAACCGAUGAAGCGACAGAAUUAAUCAUAUCGGCUUCCCUAUUAUUUACACUGCCUGUGAUUUCUAACUGAUUCUUCAUGCAAAAAAUGACAAUUGCAAUUCAGCGGUGCUUGAAAUUGUCACCCAUCUAAACCCACGCAUGCAAAGGUGUAUUUUCUGCACCGAGAUUUUAAUGUCCCAAUAUUUUGAUCGUAUUAAUGUUUUGACAUUUUCUUGGGGGUCAGCCAUUUUAUCUACUACACCAAAUGCAUUAAGCAGUCGGCAAACCACUGUUGUUUUACCUACCCCGAUUGAAGCGAAACUUUUUCCUGGAUAAUCCACAUGGUUUGCGGUACCUUGCAUAUUUUCACACGUAUUCACUGUUCGGCGUAUAUUUCCCCACAGCUCGGCCCAAUCAAAGUGUCAGCUUCCGCCAGCAGAGUCACUCGUAUUAACUGUGCCGCCGAACCGCCGCGCAGUGACGCUACCGAGUUGCUCUGUGCAAUUUGUUUUUUUCAUGUAACUCAACACGAGACUGCUUUGACCCCGCACGCUAAUACUUGCGCCUUCCAAAUUCCUUCCGCAUCCUCCACUAUCUAGCACUGAAUCUAAUUCGUCUUCGUUUCAAUAUUUCCACUUUCCCCGCAAUCGCGCAAAAUAGCUCGCUUCGACUUCACACACGUCCCCAAUUACGGAAGCUUUUUGCACACUUGCCACACAACGACAAUCAAAUCGUCAACAAUUCCAUAAAACGUCGCAUUAUAAUUACAAGCCAACCACACAUACUGACGCUCAAUGAUCUUAUUUUGCACUUCUUCCUUAGCGCAUCUCGUUGUGUGAAUUACAUUGAAACUUUUGCCAGUUCGACACGCUUUCCGCUAUGUUGCAAAAUCCAAGCUUUACCCACAUUUAUAUUGUCCGCCGUGUUUUGUUUUAAUUCUCAUUUCCGCCGAUAUGAAGUUCCGAUAUGUUGACCAUCAUUGCGCAUUCCUACGGUCGGUAAAUUCGAAUGCUUGUGCGGUGUUCCUCGUUACCACUUGUUAAGUACACCGAAGCUAUUACGAUCGCAACCGUUUUGUUAAACGUUUGAUCCAGUGCUACGAAAGUGGGUCCUACCCGUUGCUGUAUUUUAGAAACAGGUGUUUUUGCUGUGAACGAAGUAGUGUGUUGUCUCGCCCUCUGAUAUUUCGCCGCAUAUUAUCUACUGAGUCCCAUGUUCGCCUAUGUAUUCUCGCUCAUCACAAAUCGCUACCUUAUGUCAUUAAGCGGUCCACCGAUAUUGUAUCUCGCCCUCCCGGCUGUCAUAAUGCCAUGUGUGACGUGCUUUGUCCUUGUCACUAUAGAACCGUGAGUACAGCGUCAUAUUCGGCGCAUAGCAAACCCACUAUUUCUCAAGUGCUUUUACCGCGAUUUGUUUUAUCGCCAAUCUUAUUAUUACCGCGAUUAUUACUGUUAUUAUUAAAGUCGUCUGCGUUGCAUUCACCAAGUA